AUGAUGCAGGUCUCAGCAGCUCUGCUCCUUCUCUGGCUCCCAGACUGUGUUUCUCAGCAGGUGACGGGCCCCUGGUCCGUGUGGGCCCCGCUUGGCGGAUCGCUGACAGUGCGAUGUCAGUAUAAGCCGAAAUGGGAAUCGAAUGUGAAGUGGUGGUGCAGGGGAGAGGACUGGGGAUCCUGCCUGAUCAUGGUGAAAUCCUCUGGAUUGGAGACCAUCAGUGGCCGAGUGUCCAUCCAAGACAGUCGUGGGAACCACACCAUCAUGGUAACCAUGGUGAAUCUUGAAGCGAAAGACACAGACACCUACUGGUGUGGGAUUGAGAAAACAUUCCAUGACCUUGGACACCGUGUCCAAGUCACCGUUUCCUCAGACCUUCCAUCCCUGAGAGGCCCCAAGGAGGUGAGCGCUGCAGCGGGAGAAAGCCUGGCAGUGCAGUGUCGCUACAACUGGAGCCUGUGGGCAGCGGAGAAAUCCUGGUGCCGAGGAGCCCACCCCGGGGCCUGUGGUCCCAUGGCCUCCACCAGGGGGGCAAAGAGCCACAGGACGGGUGGCCGGGUGUCCAUCUGGGACGAUUGGGGCAAAUGCACAUUCACGGUGACCAUGGAGAAGCUCUCUGUGGGAGACUCAGACACGUAUUGGUGUGUCGUGGGGAUGCAGGGAGCUGAACUGGGGGUCCCAGUCAUUGUGAGCAUUUCCCCCGCAACAACACAGAUGACAAUAACGACCAAGGGAACUCCCAAACUGACUAGCUCCGCGCAAGAACCCUCAGACACAGACGGUGGUUCUUCAGGAUGGGAGAUUUUCAAAGAUCUCAGGAUCCUACUACCCCUGAUUCUUGCAAUUUUGUUGAUUUUGUUGGUGGGGAUUUCCCUAGUGGCAUGGAAGAUGGUGAUGAGACAGAAGAAAGGAGAUGAAGGGUCUCCUGCCACCCUGAAUUUGGAAGAGUUCCCAGGGCCACAGGACAGCGUGUGUUAUGAAAAUCUGACAGUUCAUCGACAAACAGCCGACCCGACCCCACUGAACCCCCAUGGGGCUGCGGAGACCUCCACCCAAUCUUCCCAGAUCCAGAGCUCCUAUGAUCAAGUGGAAUACGCAAUCAUGGAUUCCAUCCAGACAAAGGGCAUUUCCUACACCACAAUGACUCAGCUCACAUCAGGCCUGAACCCAACCUAUGACAACGUGGAGCCCUUCAGUUCCACCCACCUUCGGCAAGACUGGCAGGUGGAAACCGAGUACUCUGUGAUCCAGCAGCCCCUUCCCGCCCCCUCCAUCCAGCAUCUCUGACAUUGUCAUCUCUUCCGUCCCCGGAUCCUGUCCUCACCAGGAGUCGGUCAGGGCCCGAGGAGUCGGCUCCCCGAUUCUUUUCUCUUGACCUAAUGUUGAGAGCUGCCACCUUGGGGGAGGAAUUCUGGUGAGAAGCGAUGGAAGAGUAUACCCUGAAGGGGAUAGAAGAGAACCAACUUGAGCCCGUGGGAAACUCACUUUAUCCCACUGUGCUAGAGUUUAUCAAUAUCAAUCGUAAUCCAUGAGCUCCUGUGUGUGAAGCACAGAACAAGCCAUUUGAGGAACAA